AUGAGCGAAAAACUUAAAUGGUCUAAUAGCAUCGAGUUUAUAUUAACUUUGCUGUCUUUUGCUAUUGGUCUCGGCAAUAUUUGGCGAUUUCCAUACUUGUGCUUUAAAUAUGGAGGAGGCAUUGGAUAUUCUUGCGUGUUUAUUUCAAUGUUUAUUGGAAUAUAUUACAACAUUCUCGUUUCAAUAUUUUUGCAAUAUUUCUACAAAAUAAUACAAACCACAGGAAAUAUUGGUGACAUGGGGAGUAUCAAUUCUGGAUUAGCAUGGACAUAUGCGAUUGCCUGGAUUAUGGUAUUUUUGAGUCUUUCCAGAUCAGUGAAAACUGUUGGCAAAGUCGUCUACUUUACAGCAAUUUUGCCAUACAUUAUUCUGACUAUACUUCUCAUCAGGGGAGUCACCCUCAAAGGGUCAAAAGCUGGGAUCCAGUUUUAUAUUCAGCCAGAUAUAUCUAAAAUUUCCUCAUUAGUAUGGAAAGAAGCAUCAACACAGAUAUUUUAUUCACUGUCAACAUGUUCAGGAGGAAUCAUUACACUAUCUAGCUUUAACAAAUACAAAAACAAUUUUUUGUUUGAUGUUCUCUUUGUUUCGUUUGCAAACAGUUUUACAUCGUUCUACUCCGGAUUUGCUAUUUUUUCAGCUACAGGACAUCUUGCUUAUUUGUCUAAUAAAACAAUUCCUGAAGUUACCAAACACGGAAGUGAGUUAGUAUUUAUCAGCUACCCCGCUUCCAUUUCGGCUCUGCCAGGAGCACAGUUUUGGGCUACGCUGUUUUAUUUAAUGAUGUUCUGUUUAGGAUUCGGGACAAUGCACAGAGGGAUUUAUUACGCCCUUAGUAAACAUGAUUCCAAAUUGCGGCAAAAAAUUUUAGGCUUUGAAAAAUUUGCAACUGAAAUUGAACUAAUGGUUGGAAAACGUCCUGGAAUUAUAUGGAAAACUACAUUUUUGGUCUUAACUCCAGUUUCUUGUUUGAAGUUCAAUCCAAGAUUAACAUCACAAAUCCUAUCACUUAUCAAAGAACGGGAUGCCCUGAAGAAAAACAAGUCCAAUGACUCAUAUCAUACUAUACGUUCGUUGAAUAUCAAAAUUUCUGAACUGAUCCGGACCAAUAACGGACUCAGUGGAGUCGUCUCGUUGGACGAUUAUGUCACAGAAAUUCCUGCGCCACCUUCUGGAAAACGCUAA